CCGAAAGGCGCCCUGCCCGGAGGCUGCCAGCUGAAGCUCGCUGGCCUGUGUCCUGGAAGAGCACAGCCACUCCCUCUUGCGUGGGCAGAGUGUGUCUGGCACUCCCGCCUGCCCCUGCUCAGGCUGCCCUGGUAGCUCUCACCUGCCAGAUCUCCACUGCUGCACCACAGGGUCAAGGACUGGGGCACUGUGUAGCAGGGCUGGGGUCCACCCUUGGCCCUGCCCUUCGGGACACAGACCAGGAAGCUUGCAGAGGAGCUGCAGUGCCUCUUGGAGGGCACCGCUGGAGGGACCACGGGGUGGAGUGCAGCCUGGCACCGCACAGCCAGGGCCGGGUGGGGACGUGUUGUGCAGUCCUGGCUGUCCCACCUGCCCUUCCAGUUCUCGCGGACUCGGGCUCCUCGCGUGUACGCGGCUCUGGGCCUCUGCCCUGGAGCGCUGACCCAUGCGUCUCCGUGGGCACCCCAGCGUGACGCCCUCCGGGGGCAUGGAACCCUUCCUCAGGAAGCGCCUGACAUUUCUGUCAUUUUUUUGGGACAAGAUCUGGCCAGUGACGGAGAAGCCAGAGGACGACAACCCGGUGCUGCCGGGCUCUGAUGCGGAGCCCGUGCCCGAGCGCCCCGCGGAGCCCCGCAGCCCCCUGCCACCGCGCGCGCAACUCUUCCGAGCGCUCUACGACUUCACCGCGCGCUGCGCCGCGGAACUGAGCGUCAGCCGCGGGGAUCGGCUCUACGCCCUCAAGGAGGAGGGCGACUACAUAUUUGCUCACCGGCUGUCUGGCACGCCCAGCGCUGGGCUUGUGCCCAUCACCUACGUGGCCAAGGCUGCCCCCGAGACGCUUGCAGACCAGCCCUGGUACUUCAGUGGGCUCAGCCGGACCCAGGCCCAGCAGCUGCUCUUGUCUCCUGCCAAUGCACCUGGGGCCUUCCUUAUCCGGCCCAGUGAGAGCAGCCUCGGCAGCUACUCACUCUCAGUGCGAGCCCAGGCGAAAGUCUGCCACUACCGCAUUUGUACAGCACCCGGCGGCCGCCUCUACCUACAGGAGGGCCAGCUCUUCCCCAGCCUGGAGGCGCUGCUCACCUACUACAAGGCCAACUGGAAGCAGAUCCAGAGCCCCCUGCUGCAGCCCUGCAGGCCCCAGGUGGGACCCAGGACCCCAACUCAGUCACUCGGCCAGCCCUGGGACCCAGCCCUGGCUUGCAUCACCUCAGCUCCCUGCAAGCCCCUGGCACAGGACAAGUGGGAGCGGCCACGCUCAGAAUUUGUCCUUCGGAGGAAGCUGGGUGAAGGCUACUUUGGGGAGGUCUGGGAAGGCCUGUGGCUGGGCUCUGUGCCUGUGGCAGUCAAGGUCAUCAAGUCAGCCGACAUGAAGCUGGCUGACCUCGCCAAGGAGAUCGAGGCCCUGAAGAGCCUGCGGCAUGAGCGGCUCAUCCGGCUGCAUGCAGUGUGCUCCGUGGGGGCGCCUGUGUACAUCGUCACGGAGCUCAUGCGCAAGGGCAACCUGCAGGCCUUCCUGGGCAGCCCCGAGGGCCAGGGACUGAGCCUGCUUCUCCUGCUGAGCUUCACCUGCCAGGUGGCUGAGGGCAUGAGCUACUUGGAGGAGCAGCGUGUUGUCCAUCGGGACCUGGCUGCUAGGAAUGUGCUCGUGGGGGAUGACCUUACCUGCAAAGUGGCUGACUUUGGCCUGGCCCGGCUACUCAAGGAUGACAUCUACUCCCCAAGCAGCAGCUCCAAGAUCCCUGUCAAGUGGACAGCACCCGAGGCGGCCAAUUACUGCAUCUUCUCACAGAAGUCUGAUGUCUGGUCCUUCGGUAUCCUGUUGUAUGAGGUCUUCACCUUUGGCCAGUGUCCCUACGAAGGGAUGAGUAAUCAUGAGACGCUACAGCAGCUCAGCCGCGGGUACCGGCUGCCCCGCCCAGCUGCCUGCCCGGCGGAAGUGUACUUGCUCAUGCUGGAGUGCUGGAAGGGCAGCCCCGAGGAGCGGCCUGCCUUCACCAUGCUGUGGGAGAGGCUGGAUGCCAUUCACAGGCGCCUGCAGCUGGGCCGCACAUGACUGGAGCUCUGGGCCCAGGUUGGAGCAAAGACUGAUGCUUCAGGCAGGGCAUCUCCCAGAACGGUACUGCCAAUAGCACAGACCACGGAGGCCACAUGGCCAGGAACCCUACAGCCUUUGUGUGUCCAACUGUUGACCUGUGCUGCCAUGGCUAUAUGUACGUGUCCGCGUGUGGACACGUGUGGCCCAUGCUUGGCCCAGACACCCACCCCGGCAGCAGUGAGGUUGAAGUCCUCAGCCCUGCAUGGCUGGCAUUCCUGGAAUCUUCAGAAGGACAAAAAAGCUAGAAGUGUAGCUCGUGGAAGCCCUGGGCCCAGUGGCUGCCCCUCCCCCGGGCUUGGCUGCCCUCUCCCAGGUCUGCCUCCCUGGGAGGGUCUGUGGAGGACAGGCCCAGGCCACCCUGUUCUUUGGCUCCCAAGCAGACCACGCAGCAUGCCCUGUGCUGCUACGGGGACAGCACCACUGGGCAUGCACGGGCAGCACUCAAGAAGUCUGUUCUGACUCAGCCAUGGGCAUAGACAUGCCAUACAUGCCGGUUCCCUUUACCCUGAGCUGGAGCAGGAGCAGAUGGGGGUCUGGCCCAGCAGGCAAAGGUGGGGGAGAGAGUUGGGCCCCGUCCAGGGCCCGAGGGUGCCAGAAUGGGCACAGUCUCAGGGUCUGGCAGAGCCAGGAGACUCCCGAGCUUGCUGGAGCUAACAGGCUGGGGCUAAGGCGGGCAGCUCUGUGAAACUGCAGGAAGGGCAGGCUGGGUGGCCACAUUUCCCGGGCAGGACCUGCAUUUCAAAGCUGUUUCUUAAGGGGGUGCUAGUUGGGGGGCAGGGAUUCCGGAUGACAGAUGGGGCAGAAGGCAGUGGUGCGCUGGCAACUCAGCGACGACAGGUCUCGGGUUUAAACAAUGAAAAGCCCUAGAUGGGCUACACUGUGGGUGUGACCCUUUGGGAACAUCCAGUUGGCCCUUGAUUACCCCACACCUGGGAAUGAUGGAGGCAACAUGUUUGAGGGCUUGAUCCCAGAAGCUGCAGGGUUCAGGGUGAGGGUUGGGGGGGUCAUGCGGGCACCAAACACUGCUGUGGAUGGACUGCUGCAGAGCUCAUGGCUGGAGGUGUGUGGCAGGAAGUUGGUCGUGGGGUUGCAGCCUGGCCGCAGCUCCAGGAAGGAGGCGGACCUAGAGCCUUAGUGGUGGCACCAGCCCUGUGUGGGUCAGGGACAGAGUGCUUUAGUUUGAACCUCUGGGGGAUAUUGCCUGUCCCCAGUUCUUUCCUCUCUCCCAGACUCUACCUGUCUGUCUCCUGGGUGCCCUGAGGCUGGCAGGCCUCCUCUACUACACCCUUCACAGUGAUGUUUUUGCUUUGAAGUCAGCCAGCCGUAGAAAGAAAUUAAAACUGUGAACCAAAA